ACAGAGCACAGGGAUAACUGACAGAUGAGCAGGAGAAAGAAAGGCAGUAGAGAAAGAGGGGAGCGUCAGACAGAGAGAAGACGACGCUGAGCUGUUGGCUGUCUUUGCUGCCAGUUUGCGUUCAGUUAGUGGGCAGUGAUGGGGGAUCCUGCCAUCCUGCUUGAGUCAGUUACAUCUCCUGUUGUCACGGCGAUCCCCACGUUGAUAGCUGGGGUAACGCAAGAGGCUACCAAAACUUCAUCAGCCAAUAAGAAUGGGAAGAAGGCUGACUCUGGGUCCAGCAGCAGCUUCUUCACCUGGUUCAUUGUCCUGGCCCUGCUGGGUGUGUGGACCUCGGUAGCUGUGGUCUACUUUGAUCUGGUCGACUAUCAGGGAGUCCUCGGUGAGUAUUGGCUGCCUCACAAAUGUGUGUGUUAAAGAGUCUUUCUGUAAUAUCUCACACUUCAUGCACGCUGCUGAAAAGGUGUGGUAGCAAGUCCUAUGGCAUUUCUCUCCCCUCACAUACAGGUCUGUCUACAAACAUGUGCAUCUGUCACCUGUCUGAAUAAGAACCAGUCUGACUAUGAUUUACCAUUGUCACAUAACAAGCAGUGUUUCCAACAGUGUUCUACAAAUGUACAGUCGUUCAUAAGCCUAUGCAGCUCUGUGCAUAGGCUUAUGAACGACUGUACAUACAGGGGUGUUUUUGUGUUCGCUAAAGUGCUUAUCCGAUCCUCAACCCACACCCUUCAUCAGCUGCCAGCUGAAAGGAUCUAUUUCUGUGAGAAUCACUGAGCAGUCAUUCCCAACCUGACAUAAGUCUACUUCAAUACACCGUAUUUAUGAAAAUGGUUCUCAAAUCUGUCUGAAAAAUUAUGGCAACUGAGUUCUUCACUCUCAAAUCAAGUGAAGAAAGAAAUUGGUCUAACACAUGUUAGUUUAGUCUUUGAAUACACGUGGGCAUAUACAGUGGGGCAAAAAAGUAUUUAGU